UCAGGACUCUUAUUAUGAAACGCGCCGCUGCUGUCACCUUCGCUGUCCUCAUGGCUGGAGAUUACAGCAGAUCUUCAGUUCAUUAACCGAGGAUCUUCAUCAGGCAGCGCAUCCUCAUCCUCAGAUUAAAGCGGCGAGGUCACGAGCACUUCCUCCGUUUCCCACAAUCCUUCGCUGCAGAUCAGUUGAAUGAAAGCGCACACUGUGAAGUUCUUCAUCUCGCUUUGGAUUACUGAUCUUCUCUUGGGUUUGUCUUUAAUGCUGUAAUUACUGCUCCCGAGGGGAAAACCUUGAGGUGCACCUAAAACAGACGUCUGCAGACGCGCAGAGGCACUCGUGGAGCUCAUGAAGACUGAACGGGAUGGGGACGGUGUGCUGGAAGAGAGCAGCUCACAGGAGCCUGAGCUCUACAGCCCUGCGUCUCCCGGCCCGCAGCAGGAGCCCAUCUCCACAUACUUCGAGGAGAAGGUUCCCAUCCCUGAGGAUGACAUGACUAAGCUGUUUAGCUUUCGUAAACUCUGGGCCUUUACUGGGCCGGGCUUCCUGAUGAGCAUCGCCUAUCUGGACCCUGGGAACAUAGAGUCGGAUCUUCAGUCUGGGGCUAGAGCGGGCUUCAAGCUGCUGUGGGUCCUGCUGGGUGCCACCAUCAUCGGGCUGCUGCUGCAGCGUCUGGCCGCUCGUCUCGGUGUUGUGACCGGGAUGCAUCUGGCCGAGGUCUGCAACCGUCAUUACCCUACGGUGCCGCGGAUCAUCCUGUGGCUGAUGGUGGAGCUGGCCAUCAUCGGCUCUGACAUGCAGGAGGUCAUCGGCUGUGCCAUCGCCCUCAAUCUGCUGUCGGUCGGCAGGAUUCCUCUGUGGGCUGGAGUGUUGAUAACCAUCAUUGACACUUUCGUCUUCCUGUUUUUGGACAAGUACGGUCUGAGGAAGCUGGAGGCGUUCUUUGGGUUCCUCAUCACCAUCAUGGCCCUCAGCUUUGGUUACGAGUAUGUGCGUGUGGCUCCAGACCAGGCCGAGGUGCUGAAGGGCAUGUUUGUGCCGUACUGCAGCGGCUGUGGACCCACGCAGCUGGAGCAGGCCGUCGGGAUCGUGGGAGCCGUCAUAAUGCCUCAUAACAUCUACCUGCAUUCUGCUCUUGUGAAGUCACGAGACAUAAAUCGAGCAAACAAGAAAGAGGUGAAGGAGGCCAACAAGUACUACUUCAUCGAGUCCUCCAUCGCUCUCUUCAUCUCCUUCCUCAUCAAUGUGUUUGUGGUGGCCGUCUUUGCAGAGGCCUUUUAUGGCAAGACCAACAUGGAAGUGAGUCUGCAGUGUAAUGAAACGGGAAGUGCUCACAGUGAGCUUUUCCCAGCCAACAAUGAAACACUGGAGGUCGACAUCUACAAAGGGGGUGUGGUUCUGGGCUGUUUCUUCGGCCCGGCUGCGCUGUAUAUUUGGGCCAUCGGGAUCCUCGCCGCUGGGCAGAGUUCAACCAUGACCGGAACCUACUCGGGUCAGUUUGUGAUGGAGGGCUUCCUGAACCUGCGCUGGUCCCGCUUCGCUCGCGUGCUGCUGACGCGCUCCAUCGCCAUCUUCCCCACGCUCCUGGUGGCCGUCUUCCAGGACGUGCAGCAUCUCACCGGCAUGAACGACUUUCUGAACGUGCUGCAGAGCAUGCAGCUGCCGUUCGCUCUGAUCCCCAUCCUGACCUUCACCAGCCUGACCUCACUGAUGAACGACUUCGCCAACGGACUCGUGUGGAAGAUCGGCGGGGGUCUGCUCAUCCUGGUGGUGUGCGCCAUCAACAUGUACUUUGUGGUGGUGUAUGUGACGGCCCUCAACAGCACCGUCCUCUACGUCUUCUCUGCCCUCCUCUCCAUCGCCUAUCUCAGCUUCGUCUGCUACCUGGUGUGGCGCUGUCUGAUCGCUCUGGGCGUCUCUCGUCUGGACUUCAGAGGUUCGGUUCAGUAUCCGCCCACUGUUCUCAUGGAUGAACAGCCAGAGUUUGAUUCCUGAAGCAGUAUGAACACUUGUUUGCUCUUCCGGUGUGAGGAACGUCCUCACUGUAACCAACAGCACAAUCCAAAUAUUAGUCUUUUUUUCUUGGUUUUCCUGCAUCAGUUCCUGAUCACUUUGUAUAGAUCUACUAUUGUAGGUCUGGCAGAACUGAUAGAUCUACUGUGCUCCUCAGAUAACUUAUUUACUACAACAACAGCUGCAGAAAUAUGGGCUUAAAAUGAUUCCUUACAGAACGUACACUGAGCGGUCUGUGUACAAUCAGUGUAAAGUCAAGAUAAUUUAACAGUACAAAUUAAACCUAGUUAAUGACUCACUAACUAAUGAUUCAUUUGCUGAUGAACGGCAGACUAGAAGGUUUGAAACGUUAUUUGUAGGUUCUCAAAGGCUGCUUUUCUUACCAUGAAUAAGCUGAUGUAGUGUUUUUAUGACCCGCAGGAACAUUAGCCUGCCUUCACCCUAAAACACGUGUUUUAAUGCCUGAAUGAAAGAGAAAUGAGUAUUUAUUUUAUUGAAGGAACAGUACAGACGGCAUUGAAUGCAUUACAACGGCAUUACAGUUAAUGCAGCUGUAAAAAAAAAAAAAGAAAAAAUAGAACAAAAGUGCCUUUAAAUUCUUCAUUGUUUUGUCGUAUUGUGCAUUCUGAUGUGACUGUCAUCGAAAGUUUCCCUUCAUGCCAGAUCAUUUCAUUCAUGUUUUGAAAUGCCACUGAAAUGAUUUUGAUUUACGGUUUCUCCGUUUUCAUGUAAAUGUGAGUUAUGUUGGUGUGAGGCAGAUACUUGUGUUCUGUUCUGCUGUAUGUUUGAGACACAUUCCAUGCUGUCAGUAAUUCGGCUGAGAUGUAUUUAUGUUUUAAGACAUGAAUCUGAUGAACCUGUACACACUGUACAUGUGUAGCUGACAAAUUAAUAAAAGCCCAAAAUGUCA